AUGAGUCUGCAAGAUGUGUCGUGUGGUAAGAUUUGUGUCCUUACAAAAAGGAAGAUAAGAAUCAAUGAAGAGGUUGCAGUGAAAUUUAAUAAAAAUAUACUAAAGGUGGGGAUCUCUGAAGUGGACUUCGAAUGGUCUCCUUUUCCAUCAUGCAAUUGGUCGAUGGAUGAUUAUGACGGGCACGAUAGAUCCGGUGAUUUGGAGAAUUCAGAGAAGAAUGAAGAUUCAAACUCGGAGGAUGAGGAUGAAGGUAUUUUAGAAACUAUUAUUUCAUCAGGAUGGAAACCUACUAAUGGAGGUUUACCUGAGGAUGAUUUGGAAGAAGGAGAAUUCCGACAUGGUGAAUUCACCGGAGACGUAGUGAUGGAGGCGAAGGAUGUAAGACGUGAGCCUUCGCCGUAA